AAACAAUAAGAGGUGUGGUAGGUCGCGCGAAGCCGAACGCGCAAGCGGGGAACAGGAUGCGCGCACGAGGCGGCAAGAAGGUGCGAUUACUGGGAUGGUCGAUUAUUUGCACCGCGCAGUAGAGCUAACCGGGGUCUUCCCUUUCGUUUGCGGCGCCGGAGCAAUAUCAGCGGGAAGGGAAUCUGUCUCCGACGUUGAAACUAUUGAAGAGCUCGGAUGAAGGCGCGAUGGACCGGGGGGCUAGGGUGCGCGUGUGUCCUUGCUUUUUGGCGACUGCCAACGGGUUUACCCUGUUGGCAAUCAAUGGCCUUGCUAUGCUGGAUGAUCAACAUAAGCAGGGGGCGGCGGUGCGGAGAGAUAGUAUCAAAAGGAAGUACACAAAGGGGAAUAUGGAGUAUACGCCGAAGGAAAAGAGAUAUGAUGACAACGAUGUUGCAGGAGAAAUGAAGAAGCAGAAAAAGAGAGAAGAUUAAUCCCCGCAUUAGCCAACCAAAAGCCGUUAUUACGGGUAUAUUUUCUUUCUUUCUCCACAUCCAGCAUGUCCGUUUCUUGCUCUAGGAGGAAGACCGCAUCCACUGAAUCAACCAUCUUGCGCCGCAAAGAGAAAAGCGCAAUCCCUCCAUUCGGACCCCCCUUGUCCCCAAGGGAUCGACUCGCCUCCACCCAUUCUCCAAUACCCGGCUUUGCCAAAAUGGCCCAC